AUGCCAUCUACCUCGUACGAGUGACGUUUUAGGUCACCGGCACAUCAACUUUGUGGCCUCAGUCGUAUCUGCAAUUUGGUAUACAGUAGAACAAACCAAGCAUUGAAAGCGGGCUUGAAAUCGCUAAGUCACGACACUUCUUCUCUCCUUUCGGUAGUCAACUCUCGACUGAAGUCACUACAAUAAUGGGCAGCACAGGUCUUCCCGACAAGAACUCGCCAAACCUGCAUCUAGUGCAAGCAACCGAGGACGAAUGGCUGGCACAACAGCUCGCCAACAGCGAUGAAUGGAAAGGCGUCCUGUCUCUGCACUCGUAUUUGAACCGAGAAAAGCACCUCUUCAGCCAAGACCUGACAAGAGACGGUGGAAUCACGGGCUGGGUUCUGGUCUGGGAGCCAGAUGCCAGUGGACAGCGUACUGUGCUCUGUGGUUGCGAAACUAUCAACAAGAGAGCCUUCGCUGCUAGGCACGGCAACGUCGAAGAAGUGCUAUCUCAUGGCGUGGCUUCUGUAUACUGCCCUGCCCAAAAUCGUGGCAACGGCUACGCUGGUAGAAUGAUGACCGAGCUCGGGGAGCGGAUCAAGACCUGGCAAACGGACAACGGCAAGACUGCGCUGUUUAGUGUGCUGUUCUCGGACAUUGGCAAGGACUACUAUGCGGCGCGAGGAUGGCAUCCGUUCCCGUCGGCACAUGUGCUGCUCCCGGUUGUAGAGUCUCCUGCUCCGGAUAACGUCAAACUCCUCACAAGUCGCGAUCUACCCGAGCUCUGUGCCUACGAUGAGAAGCUGCUCCACCAACGCAUGUCUCAGAUCAAGCCAAGCAGCAGGUCUACCGUGGCCAUCGUCCCUGAUGUUCGGCAUGCGGCGUGGCAUCACGCACGCGAGGAAUUUGUUGCAAAGGAGAUUCAUGGCAUGGUCCCGGAAGUGAAGGGAGCGAUGGUGGGCGAUAAGGAGGGCUCACGUGUUUGGGCGUACUGGACUCGUGUAUGGGCCAAUCCGCAGGAACGUUCUCCCAGCACGCUACACAUACUGAGGUUGGUGAUUGAGGAUGACGCUUUGUCGGACUUCGCUCCGGCAGAUGUUGAGACGGCCAGAUCACUGAAAGAUAGCCAUGUCGCACAGGCAAUAUCCAGCGUUUUCACUGUGGCACAAUCUGAAGCCAGAAGGUGGGACAUGCAUGAAGUGAUGCUCUGGAACCCAUCUUCCGCGGCACUUGCAGCAGCGCAAUUAAUUGAUCCGACUGCAGCCGUCGAACACCGCGAGACAGAGAGCGUCACGAGUCUACGCUGGUAUGGUGAAGGAUCGUGGAAGGAUGUCGACUGGAUAUGCAACGAGAAAUACGAAUGGUGUUAGACAGUUGAUAUGGAAGAUCUGCACGGUUGCAUUCGUAUAGAACUAGAAUAAGGUCCUU